AUGGAAAGUAAAUUAUUACGCUCUUCUAAUUUAUCAUCCUCAAAAGCAGGUUUUAAUUUUUAUAAUUUUAGAGAUUUACCAAGAGAGGCCUUUAUUUCUUCCUCUUCCUCAAUUAAGAUUCCCAGAUUUCAGUUGUCUAACCCCAAUACAAAUUCAACUUCGAAUUAUGAAAAUAAAUUUCGAGAUGAUAUAAAAUUGCCGGAAUACGCCGAUGAUAAUAACCACAACCACACCGUUACCACAACCACUACUAAUAAUAAUAACAAUAGCAAUAAUAGUGACAAAAUAAUUUAUUCUCCUAAUUCUCAAGUCUCCAUUUUAUAUCCAACAAAUAGUAAUGAAAGUUAUCUUUCCGAUACUUUUUCAUUUGAAGUUGGCAAUUCUGAUAGCAAUGAAAUGAAUUCAAAUGACAAAUCUUUUAAUAAUUAUGACAACAAUUACCAAACUUAUAUUAAUAGUCAAAGCACUGUUAAAAAUCUUUUUAACAACCAUGGCAAUCAUGAGAAUAUGAAUAAUAAAGAUAAUAACAAUCACAAUCACAAUAAUAAUUAUUUUCAUAUUAAUAAUAACGAUAAUGAAUCUAUUUUCUCUUCAAAUUCAUUAUCAACUUAUACCAAUGGGAAAAGGACCCAAAAUUUUUACCCAUUCUUUCCUAAUAAAUCAACCAGUAGAAAUAUAAAUAAACUAUCACUUGAUAUGAAUAAUAUCUCAAACAAUAAAUCGGCUCAAAAUUUAUUAGAUAAUCAAUCCUUGAAUCCAAAAAAAAAGAAGAAAACUUUGGAAAUUACAGAAAAAGUUUUUUCUCCAAACUCUACAACUUCAGCCUUCUCAAAUAAUAAUAAUAAUAAUAAUAAUAGUAAUAAUAAUAGUAAUAAUAAUAAUAAUAAUAAUAAUGGUAAAAUAGAUUGCAAAAACUUUUAUAGUCAACCAAAUUCAUCAACUUUUUCAAGUUUUUCGACUACUUAUAACUAUACUAUUCCAGCUCAAGAUGUCUUUGCAGGGGAUUUGGUUCCAGUACUUACUCAGGAUUCACAUUUGAUUACAAAUGGAUUAAAACCUUCCCCUUCUUCAAAAGAGGCAAUUGGAUCAUAUUUCUAUCAAUUAAAAGCUGAAGACUCGGCUGGAAACAUCUUUGAUUUUGCCAAUUUGAGAAACCAAGUUGUUUUGGUUAUCAACAUCUCAGGUAACGCAUAUUCCAAUCAAACCAGUCUCUCAAAGUACCAUUUCACAGUGUUAGAAAAGUUGUACCAAAAAUAUCAUUUAAACCCAAUAACUGGCGAGCCCCAAUUUGAGAUCAUUGCCUUUCCAUGCGAUCAGUUUUUUGCACCAUUUUUAGCCUUGAAAAAUACUGAUAACGAUGGGAAUAAAGUUGAGAGUCCAGUUGAAGCCGAUAGCCAGCUUAGAGAAUAUUUGGCUAAAAACUAUAAUAUCACAUUUCCAUUGCUUCGCAGAAUUAAGGUCAAUGGGAAAUAUGCAAGCGAUAUAUACAAGUUCUUGAAAAAUGAGAAAAAUGGUGUAUUUGGAAAGUCAAUCAAGUGGAAUUUUGAAAAAUUUGUCAUUGACAAGUAUGGAAAUGUGAUAAAAAGAUCUACUUUUCUCAAGAAUUUGAAGCUGAUUGAGGACAAAAUAUUCAAUUUAAUCGAGGAAGACAUUGUUAUAGACAAAUGCUAUCCUCUUCCCGAUGAUUUUUUGUUAUAG